AUGCAACUGCAAGGUUCCGGAAAUAACCAAUUAGAAAACGUCGCAAAUAUAUUCAUUUUUGAAGAUAAACUUCGCACUUUUAUUUGCAAACUUCAGUUGUGGUUACGUAAAAUUGAAGAAAAUAAUUAUUCUGCGUUUGCGACAUUAAAAGCACUUGUGGAAGUUAAAAAGUAUGACGCUACUAAAGCAAAUAUACAAGAAAAUAACAAGACUCAUUUACAAAUGUUGAAUGCUGAAUUCUAUCGUUACUGGCCAGAAUAUACUCAAGAAGCUAAAGUUGAUCAAAAACUGAUUCGUAACCCUUUUAACAGGGACGCUGGUGAAGUUACUGAAGGAAUCCAGGAAGGACACAUUGAAUUCCAAAAUGACAGAAACUACAAGGAUACUUUUAAAUUGAAUUCACUUGAGUCGUUUUGGUGUAAAAAAGCAAUUUCUUAUACUAAACUUCGAGAAAUCGCCUUUUAUGAUUUUCUCAACAACAUAUUUAUGUGA